AUGAGUACCGACUCACAGGUCCGGAACAUACCGAAGACGGUAAAAGAAGGCCCCUUUGGUGUCUUUCUAUGGGGUGGCCAGGAGAAGUUCGACCGCCGACGAGAUGUCUUCCAGGAGCUUUCCACGAACCCCAUGUUCGCCAAAGACACUGGUGCCCACACCAGUCUCGCUCGGAAAGAUGCCUGGACCAAAGGCGCACUGCAGUCGCGUGAGCUCAUCACCAUCAAGCUGCGUAAGAAUUGGCCCCAUCGCCACUUCAUGGACGCCAUUCGCAUGACGGAUUGGUUCCUGCCUGUCCAGCCCCAAUUUCGCAUUUUCAUGUCAAACCUGGAGCGGCAGAUGACCGACGAACAGAAGCGGAUAUGGAUACCAAAGGCGGAGAAUUUCGAAAUCUUUGGCUCGUACCCGCAGACGGAGCUGGGGCAUGGAUCGAAUGUUAGUGGCAUUGAGACGACUGCUACUUUCGAUCCAUUGACUGACGAGUUUCUCAUCAAUUCACCCACAAUCAGCAGUACAAAGUAUUGGAUAGGUGGAUCUGGAAUAUGGGCGACGCACGGCAUUGUGGUUGCGAGGUUGAUCAUUCGAGGUCAGGAUCACGGUAACCACCUGUUUCUCACACAGCUGCGGGAUCUCAAGACACAACAACUCAUGCCUGGAGUUGAGAUCUACGAGAUGGGCCCAAAAGCGUUUCAGGGCAUGCUGGGUGCUGACACUGGUGCUCUCCGAUUCCAUCACGUGCGCAUACCGCGGGAACAAAUGUUGAUGCGGAACGCUCAGGUUGAGCGGGACGGGACUUACAUCAAGCCGAAGAAUACAAAGCAUUCAUACGGCUCUAUGGUCACUGUAAGAGCACUGAUGGCAGAAAUUACAGGCCAUGAUCUACUGAGAGCCGCUGUGACUGCUUAUCACUACACCACCUUCCGCAAGCAGUUCAAGCGCGACCGGGUCAAUGAUAAGAACGAGACAACUGUCUUCAACUAUGCUAGCGUCCGCCAUCGCCUGCUACCUCUCCUAGCACAAGGCAUCGCGCUCGUGCUGGUAGGCCAGAACAUCAAUCAAGCAUACCAGGAAUACACUCAGCAGAUGCUCAAAGGCGACACGUCCGACCUUGAAGACCUACAUCUACAAACCGUUGGUGCCAAAGUCUACUCGACCGAGAUUACGGGCAAAGGCGUCGAGACAUGCCGCAUCGCCUGCGGCGGACACGGCUACAGCGGUCUGUCCGGCUUCGGCAGGAUGUACGCGCACGCUAUCAAUGCUGUGACAUACGAAGGCGACAACUACGUGAUUGGACAGCAGGUCCCUCGCGCCAUCCUCAAGCACUACAAGAACAAGACGGAGGCUUCUCUUCCCAGCAUCUCCUACCUGUCAGUACUCCGAAGCGAGAAGCCGCGGCAGCCACCUGCAGACCUCACGAAUGCCACCUCGUGGACGAGUCGGGGCGUGCAGCAGUGGGCGCUGGAGCAGCGCCUGGUGAGCAUGGUGAGGCAGCACAUGGAAGACACCAACGCGAAUGUCGACACGAGCUACACCACGCAUGCGCUGACAAUGGCGCACUCGGACUUCGCAUACUGGCGCGGUCUAUGGAAGGUGGUCGACGCAAUCUCGCACGAAUCCUUUGUGGAGCACAUGAAGGCGCUGGCGCACGUCUUCUCGCUCUCGAUCAUCUACAACCCGCACCACCCGUCGCUCAGCCAGCACCUGCCGUUGGCGCCGAACCAAUUGGCGGCCCUACGCAAGGCGUACAGCGAAGUGCUCGCUGAUCUAGGCGACAACCACGUGGCAGCCAUCAUCGACGCCUACGGCCUGACCGAGUACGAGAUGGACUCGGCCUUGGCGCGGGCGGACCAGACGCCCUACGAAGCACUGCUUGAGGGCGCGAAGCGCAGCGAGAUGAGCGGCGAGAAGAUGAGCCACCUGUGGCCCAUGAUGGUGGAUACGCGACAGAUUUGGAAGCGCGAAAAGGCCAAGGCGAAGCUAUGA